AUGGCCGCCCCUCCACCCAAGGUCGGGAACCCCAAUCAAGGCGGCACCACCACCGCCGAGGACGCCGACUUUGAGAUCAGCGAAAACCUCAACGCCGUCAACACCGUCACCGUCUGGGUCGACAACGGAAGCGGCAGCUUCAGCAACACGAAGCUGAUCAAGGCCAUCAAGGUCAAGUACGGCGACGGCACCGAGCGCACCAAGGGCCACACCACGGGCACCACCUACUCCUUCACCUUUGACAACAACGAGAAGAUGAAGACGAUGAGCCUGUGGGCAGGGGCCCGCGUCGACCGCAUCAAGUGGGAGACGCGCGGCGGCCGCACAUUUGACCACGGCGGCACCGGCGGCAGCGAGUAUACCCAGGACGUGGGCAACGGCAUCCUGCUCGGUUUUACGGGCACCAAGGACGACAAUGAGCUCGUCUCCCUCGGAUCCAUCUUCAAGGAAGCUUCAGACUAA